AUGUCAGGGCCAGUGCCGAGCCGGGCUCGAGUGUACACGGACAUCAACACUCACCGGCCUAGAGAGUACUGGGACUAUGAAGCACAUGUGGUUGAAUGGGGAAACCAGGAUGACUUUCAGCUGGUGCGUAAACUGGGCCGUGGCAAAUACAGUGAAGUAUUUGAGGCUAUUAACAUCACCAACAAUGAGAAGGUGGUGGUGAAGAUAUUGAAGCCUGUCAAGAAGAAGAAAAUUAAACGAGAAAUUACUAUUUUAGAAAACCUUCGAGGAGGUCCCAACAUUAUAUCCCUUGUGGAUAUUGUAAAAGAUCCGGUUUCACGAACCCCAGCUCUAGUCUUCGAACAUGUAAAUAACACAGACUUUAAGCAACUGUACCAGACACUGACCGAUUUUGACAUCCGGUUUUACAUGUAUGAGAUCCUCAAAGCCUUGGACUACUGCCAUAGCAUGGGAAUCAUGCACAGAGAUGUAAAGCCACAUAAUGUAAUGAUUGAUCAUGAACAUCGAAAGUUGCGUCUUAUCGAUUGGGGUCUGGCAGAGUUUUACCAUCCGGGUCAGGAGUACAAUGUCAGAGUUGCCUCUCGCUAUUUCAAAGGACCAGAGCUUCUAGUUGACUACCAGAUGUAUGACUACAGUCUGGACAUGUGGAGUUUGGGUUGUAUGUUAGCCAGCAUGAUCUUCCGAAAAGAACCAUUUUUCCACGGUCAUGACAAUUAUGACCAGCUGGUACGGAUAGCAAAAGUUCUUGGGACUGAAGACCUGUAUGAUUAUAUUGACAAGUACAAUAUUGAGCUUGAGCCUCGAUUUAACGACAUCCUGGGAAGACAUUCCCGUAAGCGAUGGGAGCGCUUUGUUCACAGUGAGAACCAGCAUUUAGUGAGCACAGAGGCUUUGGACUUUCUGGAUAAGUUGCUGCGCUAUGACCAUCAAGCUCGCCUCACGGCCCGGGAAGCCAUGGAUCACCCCUACUUCUUCCCUGUUGUAAAAGAUCAGUCUCGUGUUGGUGGAUCAGCGAACCAGCCCAGUGGGAAUCCUGCAGUUAGUGCAGCCAACAUGAUCACAGGAAUCUCCGCCUUGCCCGCAUCCACUGCCUUGGGACCCAUGAGUGGCUCGCCUGUGCUGUCUGCUGCCACUAUCGCCCAAGUGCCCUCUGUAGCUGGACCCCCGCAGUGA